UUCCCUCUACUGCUGAAGAACUUCCCCUUUCGGUUUUUCUGCAAAUCAUCGAAAUCCGCGAUUUCAAUUAUUUGAUGCUUAUCCGGAUUUAUCCUAAUCCCCAAACAGCCGAAUUCUCUUUUUUACUAUAAAUAAUUCAAAUUCUCCACCCAGCAAUCCAAUUCGAUUCGCACUUCACUAUCUUAUCCGGGUUCCCAAACAACCUCCUUGAUUCGCUCUCAAUCCGUUCCCAUUUUUCAACUCUCUUUCUCUUUGCUUUCUUUCUCUGAGCCGCAGAAAGCAGAAGCAGCAUGGGGUCUAUGGAGCAGACAAUUCUGGUGACCGGCGGCGCGGGGUUCAUAGGGAGCCACACGGUGAUUCAGCUGCUCGAGGCGGGGUUUAGGGUUUCCGUCAUUGAUAAUCUCGAUAACUCCGUUGCUGAAGCUGUUGAUCGCGUCAGGGACUUGGUCGGCCCCAAGCUCUCUCAGAAACUCCACUUUCAGCUGGGCGAUCUCAGAAAUAAGGACGAUUUGGAGAAGCUGUUUUCUCAAACUAAGUUUGAUGCUGUAAUCCACUUUGCUGGCCUAAAAGCUGUAGGAGAAAGCGUUGCACACCCGCACCGUUAUUAUGAUAACAAUUUGGUUGGAACUAUUAAUCUUUACGCGGUCAUGGCGAAAUACAAUUGUAAAAAGAUGGUUUUUUCAUCAUCUGCAACUGUGUAUGGGCAACCUGAAAAAAUUCCAUGUGUUGAGGAUUUCAACCUUGUAGCUUUGAAUCCAUAUGGCCGUACCAAGCUUUUCCUUGAAGAAAUUGCUCGAGAUAUGCAAAAUGCAGACCCAGAUUGGCAAAUUAUUCUGCUGAGGUACUUCAAUCCUGUCGGGGCUCAUGAGAGUGGGAAAAUUGGUGAAGAUCCCAAAGGCAUCCCAAACAACCUAAUGCCGUACAUACAGCAAGUAGCUGUUGGAAGAUUGCCUGAGCUUAAUGUCUAUGGUCAUGAUUAUCCCACCAAGGAUGGUACUGCGAUCCGAGACUACAUCCAUGUUAUGGACUUAGCAGAUGGUCAUAUUGCUGCUCUUCAGAAGCUUUUUACUACAGAGAAUAUAGGUUGUGCUGCCUACAAUCUGGGAACCGGACAAGGUACAUCGGUGCUUGAAAUGGUUGCUGGCUUCGAGAAGGCUUCUGGCAAGAAAAUUCCUAUCAAACUAUGUCCCAGGAGGCCAGGUGAUGCUACUGCUGUUUAUGCUUCAACAGAGAAAGCUGAAAGGGAACUCGGGUGGAAGUAUGUACUUUACAAUCGAUUCGUUUAUGCACUGCAAAGCAAUACACAAGAUUAACACGUAUUCUUCAAGAUUUUAUGUUGCCCGGCAAAAUACGGAAUAGAGGAGAUGUGCAGGGACCAAUGGAAGUGGGCAGUAAACAAUCCGCACGGUUACAAGUCGAAGUAUUGAAGGCGUUGGCAUGUAUAUACGCGCGGCAGCACGCCGAAGUUCAGUCCGAAAUUGGACGGAAGAAGAUCCUGCCGUUUGAUAUGAAUAAUUUCCACACACUGCCUAAAAGAAGUGUAGUUGGGAAACAUCAACAUAUGUUGCUAAAUCAAUGUGUUCUUCCUUGUUUUUCUUUUUAUUAGAGAGAAAAAAAAAAGGUAGUGGGAAUAAAUUCCUCUGGCAAAAUAUAGAUAUUAUUAUAAACAUCGAAAAAGAAAAGGUUUAAAUGGUAGGAUUGUGAUGGGUCAAAAUGUCCUAGGAGAAUUGGAGAAACGUACGGGUUUGGUAAAGUUUGGACAAUUAUUAAACGUUAGACUGAAGACCUUUAUGUUUUUGUCA